AUGAAUGCUGCUGUGCGCGCAGUAGUACGCAUGGGAAUCUAUGUAAAAGCCAAAGUGUAUUUUGUUUAUGAGGGUUACCAGGGAAUGGUUGAUGGAGGUGAUAAUAUUGUAGAAGUUUCAUGGGAAAGUGUUUCAAGUAUCCUGCAAGUGGGAGGUACAGUUAUUGGUAGUGCACGCUGCAAAUCCUUUCGUACGCGGGAGGGCCGCUUGCAGGCAGCCUACAACUUGGUUCAGAGAGGAAUCACCAAUCUUUGUGUGAUUGGUGGAGACGGUAGCUUAACUGGUGCCAAUCUGUUCCGUGAAGAAUGGAGUGGGCUUCUAGAAGAACUGGCACAGAAAGGAAAGAUUGAUGAAGAGGCUGUUAAGAAAUAUGCUUACCUUAACAUUGUGGGAAUGGUUGGAUCCAUAGACAAUGACUUUUGUGGCACUGAUAUGACCAUAGGUACUGACUCAGCCUUGCACAGAAUCAUUGAAGUUGUGGAUGCCAUCAUGACCACUGCUCAGAGCCAUCAGAGGACAUUUGUUCUGGAGGUUAUGGGGAGACACUGUGGGUACCUAGCCCUUGUUAGUGCCUUAGCCUGUGGUGCAGAUUGGGUAUUUAUUCCUGAAUACCCACCAGAAGAAGGAUGGGAAGAUUCAAUGUGUGUUAAGCUUUCAGAGAAUCGUGCACGAAAGAAAAGGCUGAACAUUAUUAUUGUAGCUGAAGGAGCUAUUGAUUGCCACAACAAACCUAUAACAUCAGAGAAGGUUAAAGAUCUUGUGGUUCAGCGGCUUGGGUUUGACACCCGAGUAACUAUCUUGGGUCAUGUGCAAAGAGGUGGAACCCCUUCAGCUUUUGACAGGAUUUUGGCAAGUCGUAUGGGUGUGGAAGCUGUGCUUGCCCUUUUGGAAGCUACUCCAGCUACCCCUGCCUGUGUGGUGUCCCUGUCUGGAAACCAGGCUGUCCGUCUGCCUUUGAUGGAGUGUGUGCAGAUGACUCAAGAAGUCCAGAAAGCCAUGGAUGAGGGAAGAUUUGUUGAGGCUGUGAGGCUUCGUGGAAGGAGCUUUGAAAACAACCUUAACACCUACAAAUUACUGUCGCACAAAAAACCAGAUGCUGAGCUUCCAAAGACUAAUUUUAAUGUGGCAGUUUUAAACGUUGGUGCCCCUGCAGCUGGAAUGAAUGCUGCAGUGAGGGCUGCAGUGAGAGUUGGCAUAACUGAAGGCCAUAAAAUGUUUGCUGUUAUUGAUGGAUUUGAAGGUUUUGCUAGAGGGAAGAUAAAGGAAAUCAGCUGGGGGGAUGUUGGAGGCUGGACUGGUCAAGGAGGAUCAAUUCUUGGUACAAAACGUACUCUUCCUGCAAAAUAUUUGGAGAAGAUUGCUGACCAGAUGCGCACUAACAACAUUAACGCCCUUAUGGUUAUUGGUGGAUUUGAGGCCUAUGAAAGUUGUCUGCAGCUACAUGAGGCACGUUCCCGCUUUGAGGAGUUUUGCGUACCUAUCUGUGUGUUGCCUGCUACUAUUAGCAACAAUGUGCCAGGCACAGACUUUAGCAUUGGUGCUGACACUGCCUUGAAUGCUAUUGUGGAGACGUGUGAUCGCAUCAAACAGUCCGCCAGUGGUACCAAGCGUCGUGUAUUCAUCAUUGAGACCAUGGGUGGUUAUUGUGGUUAUCUGGCUAAUAUGGGGGCCCUUGCGGCAGGAGCUGAUGCUGCUUAUAUCUUUGAAGAACAGUUUGAUAUUCGAGAGCUCCAGGCUAAUGUGGAACACUUGACUGAAAAAAUGAAAACCAGUAUCCAGCGUGGUCUAGUGCUGAGGUAA